AUGGCGACUGGUAAUUUAACAGAAGCGGUUCACAUUCUCCUCUCCAUCACUGCAUUUCUUGGGAAUACUCUUAUCCUUGUUGCCCUUCAUAAGGAAUCUUCCCUUCAUCCGCCUUCCAAACUCUUGUAUUGUUGUUUGGCAACAACUGAUCUGUUGGUUGGUCUUGUUAACCAGCCUCUCUAUGCUACCUUUUUGAUCUCCUGCACUCUUCGGAACUGGAGUGUUUUCCGAUUCACAUAUGAUGGGGUAUACAUAACCAGCCAUGUAUUAUGCGGAGUAUCUUUAUUUUCUUUGACGGCCAUAAGCGUGGACAGACUUCUUGCCCUGUUGUUGGGGCUGAGAUACAAACGAAUUGUAACUUUGAAGCGCAUAUAUGCUAUUUUAGCUCUGUUUUGGGUUGCAUCCCUUGUCAGCACUCCAUUUUACAUUUUAAAUCACCGUAUAAGUACGUGGUAUAGCUCUAUAGCUGUAUCAUCUUGCCUAGUUAUCUCAAUCGCUUCUUACACAAAGAUUUUCUGUGCUCUCAGUUAUCAUCAGGCUCAAGUACAAGAUCAUGUUCAACAACAGCCGGGCCAACCGAAUGCACUGAACAUGGCGCGAUACAGAAAGGCAGUGCACAGUGCACUGUGGGUGCAGUUAGCAUUAGUUUUCUGUUAUUUUCCAUAUUUUACAGUGGCAAUUGUAAUUAGCGAGAGUAGUCCAUAUCCACCUUACUUAUUGGUGGUCAUCAGGGAAAUAGCAGUUGUCCUAGUUUACUUUAACUCGACGUUAAACCCGUUUCUUUAUUGCUGGAAGAUUAGUGAAGUGAGACAAGCAGUGAAGCGGACAAUCAGACAAGCACUUUGCUGUCCAUGGACUUAGUUCUCUCUAGAUUUACAAUCUGUUGUUGAUAUUCUUUAUUUCCUCAUCCCAAAAGG